AUGUUCAUCUACCUGAGCAAAAAGAUUGCAAUUCCUGGUAAUGUUCGGCUAAGAUGUAUAUCUUGGAACAAGGACCAAGGGUUCAUAGCAUGUGGUGGAGAAGAUGGAUUGUUGAAAGUUUUAAAAUUAGAAACACAGACAGAUGAAGCUAAAUUAAAGGGACUUGCAGCUCCUAGCAAUCUGUCAAUGAAUCAGACCCUUGAAGGUCACAGUGGUUCUGUGCAAGUGGUGACCUGGAAUGAACAGUAUCAAAAGCUAACAACCAGUGAUCAAAAUGGGCUCAUCAUUGUGUGGAUGUUGUAUAAAGGUGCUUGGUAUGAGGAGAUGAUCAACAACAGAAAUAAAUCUGUUGUUCGAAGUAUGAGCUGGAAUGCUGAUGGACAAAAGAUUUGUAUUGUGUACGAAGAUGGGGCUGUGAUUGUUGGUUCAGUGGAUGGUAAUCGUAUUUGGGGGAAAGAUUUGAAAGGUUCUCAACUAUGCCAUGUAGCAUGGUCCUCAGAUAGCAAAAUUCUACUCUUUGGAAUGGCAAACGGAGAAAUUCAUAUUUAUGACAACCAAGGGAAUUUUAUUAUGAAAAUGAAACUGAAUUGUUUGGUGAAUGUAACUGGAGCAUUCAGUAUUGCUGGAAUACAUUGGUACCCUGGUACAGAGGGCUAUACUGACCAAGAUUGCCCUUGCCUUGCUAUCUGUUUUGACAAUGGAAGAUGCCAGAUAAUGAGACAUGAGAAUGACCAAAACCCUGUUUUGAUUGACACUGGUAUGAAUGUAGUGAGUAUCCAGUGGAACCACUGUGGAAGUGUGUUGGCUGUGGCAGGCUUCCAAAAAGCAACUACUCAGGAUAAAGAUGUAAAUCUUGUGCAGUUCUACACUCCAUUUGGUGAGCAUUUGCGUACACUGAAAGUUCCUGGCAAGCAGAUGUCAGCAUUGUCCUGGGAGGGAGGUGGACUGAAGAUUGGGUUAGCUGUUGAUUCUUUUAUAUAUUUUGCAAACAUUCGGCCAGAUUACAAGUGGGGUUACUGCUCCAACACAGUGGUUUAUGCAUAUACCCGACCGGAUCGUCCUGAAUACUGUGUGGUUUUUUGGGAUACAAAAAACAAUGAAAAGUAUGUGAAAUAUGUCAAGAGUCUGAUUUCCAUAACCACUUGUGGAGACUUCUGCAUUUUGGCAACUAAAGCUGAUGAAAACCAACCUCAGGAGGAGCAUGAGACGGAGUCAAUUGGUGCAACGUACGUGCUGGUUCUCUGCAAUUCUAUUGGUACACCCCUCGAUCCAAAAUAUAUCGACAUUGGACCAUUAUUUGUUACAAUGACCAAAACCCAUGUGAUAGCAGCUUCAAAAGAAGCAUUUUAUAUCUGGCAAUACCGUGUUGCCAAGAAGCUCACAGCAAUGGAAAUUAAUCAGGUAGCACGGACUAGAAAAGAAGGCAGAGAGAGGAUUUAUCACAUUGAUGAUAUCCCUUCUGGAGCUGCAGAUGGAGUGCUUGAUUACAGCAAGGCCAUUCAAGGAACAAGGGAUCCAAUCUGUGCAAUAACCGCAUCUGAUAAGACACUAAUUGUGGGACGUGAAUCUGGCACUAUUCAGAGAUACAGUCUUCCUAACGUUGGCUUACUUCAGAAGUAUGUCCUGAACUGUCGGGCCUAUCAAAUGUCUUUGAAUUGCAACUCCAGUCGUCUUGCUAUCAUAGACCUUUCUGGAGUUCUAACUUUCUUUGACUUGGAUACGCGGGUAUCAGACAGUACAGGACAGCAAAUCGUAGGCGAGCAGCUGAAGUUGGAGCGCAAAGAUGUCUGGGAUAUGAAAUGGGCCAAAGAUAAUCCAGACUUGUUUGCUAUGAUGGAGAAAACAAGAAUGUAUGUUUUCAGAAACUUGGAUCCUGAGGAACCCAUUCAGACUUCUGGAUAUAUUUGCAACUUUGAAGAUUUAGAAAUUAAAUCUGUUCUUUUGGAUGAAAUAUUGAAAAAUCCUGAACAUCCUAACAAAGAAUACAUCAUUAACUUUGAGAUCCGAUCGCUACGAGACAGUCGAGCAUUGAUUGAGGAGGUCGGGAUUGAGGAGUCUUCCCAAUUCAUAGAAGAUAAUCCACAUCCUAGACUUUGGCGUCUCCUGGCUGAAGCCGCUCUUCAGAAGCUAGACCUACAAACUGCUGAACAAGCAUUUGUGCGCUGCAAAGACUAUCAAGGCAUUAAAUUUGUGAAGUGCCUAGGCAAUCUGCAGAGCGAGUCAAUGAAGCAAGCUGAAGUGGCAGCUUACUUUGGCCGAUUUGAAGAAGCUGAAAGGAUGUAUUUGGAUAUGGACAGAAGAGAUCUUGCUAUUGGUCUACGGAUAAAACUGGGAGACUGGUUUCGAGUAUUGCAGCUAUUGAAAACAGGCUCAGGCGAUGCAGAUGACACUCUUCUUGAACAAGCACAUAAUGCUAUUGGAGACUAUUUUGCAGACAGACAAAAAUGGAUAAAUGCUGUACAAUAUUAUGAACAAGGAAGAAACCAGGAACGUUUAGCUGAAUGUUAUUACAUGCUAGAAGACUACCAAGGACUAGAGACUCUGGCUAAUUCACUUCCAGAAAAUAACAAGUUACUUCCUGACAUAGCUCAUAUGUUUGUCAGAGUGGGGAUGUGUGAACAAGCUGUGAUUGCCUUUCUGAAAUGUAAUCGACCAAAGGAUGCAGUAGAUACCUGUGUACAUCUCAACCAGUGGAAUAAAGCCGUUGAGUUGGCUAAAAAUCACAAUAUGAAAGAGAUUGGAUCCUUGCUAGCUAGAUAUGCGUCUCAUUUACUGGAAAAGAAUAAAAUCCUUGAUGCCAUAGAACUCUAUCGUAAAGCCAACUAUUUUUUUGAUGCUGCUAAACUCAUGUUCAAGAUUGCAGAUGAAGAAGCAAAGAAAAGGACUAAACCUUUACGAGUCAAAAAGCUUUAUGUAUUGUCAGCUUUACUUGUAGAACAGUACCAUGAACAAGUGAAAAAUGCACAGAGGGGAAAAGUUAAAGGAAAGAGUUCAGAGGCUACUUCAGCUUUAGCUGGUUUGCUAGAGGAAGAUGUUCUGUCUUCAGCUAAUCGCCUCACAGAUAAUGCCUGGCGAGGAGCUGAGGCUUAUCAUUUUUUUAUACUUGCACAAAGACAGCUCUAUGAAGGUUAUGUAGACACGGCAAUGAAAACAGCCCUUCACCUGCGAGAUUAUGAAGACAUUAUCCCUGCAGUUGAGAUCUAUUCCCUUUUGGCUCUCUGUGCGUGUGCCAAUAGAGCAUUUGGUACUUGUUCAAAAGCCUUUGUUAAACUGGAAUCCUUAGAAACCCUUAGCCCUGAACAGAGACAGCAAUAUGAAGAUCUUGCAUUGGAGAUAUUCACUAAACACUGUCCUAAACAUACCAAAAAAUCUGAUCUGGAUGGUCUUCUGGAGGGUGGAGAAGGGAAACUUCCAACCUGUGUUGCAACAGGAAGAACUAUCACAGAGUAUCAAUUCUGGAUGUGCAAUGUGUGCAAGCACUGUGUGCAGGCCCAAGAAAUAAGCAAUUACAACUUCUGUCCUUUGUGCCAUAGUUCUGUGACCUAG